AUGUCUCAAUAUACAAAUUCUUCUGGCGACAUAGAUCCCUUCGAAGCCCGGUUACAUUUUAAUUCAAUACUCAAAAAAGUAACUUCUAGCCAGCAAACGAUUCAAACAUGUACAACAUUUGCCCUUAGGCAUCACAAGUAUUAUGAAGAUCUAUACCGAUGUAUUAUGGAAGUUAUGGAAAAUGCUACAAUUAUGACUAGAAUGAAUCUCCUCUAUUUUUUGGACAGUCUUUGUGUAAAAUCUAGAAAAGUUGAAUUCAACAAAUAUAUUGAAUAUAUUCAGCGUGAUUUGAAAAAGAUCGUUGUUGAUUAUGUUUGUGAAAGAGACGAUGGGUGUUUCAAUUUAGUUAAUACUUUAAAAAUUCUAAGUAAUUGGAAGGAAAAAAGCUAUUUUGAUAUCUCAAUUAUUGAAAGUACAGAACGGGUUCUAUUAGACUGGAAGAAAGAGCCGAAUUAUCCAUCUAAAUUAAAAUUAUCAAAGCAUGAUAUUUUGAAAAGAAUAGAAGAAGACCGAGAAAGGUCGAAACAUCUUCGAGAAGACAUUUGGUGGGUAGAUAAAAACAUCCCAGAUGGUGAGGCUCUUAGCUUAUGGGAAGAAUGUUCAGAUCUAGAUAAGAAUGAUUAUUUGGAAAUUUUGACAGAAAAUUUCAAAUACCAACCAGACUAUCCGUGGCUGGAUGUGUAUAAAAAGGUAAAAUUAUGGAACGAAGAACAAAAACAAUUAGAAGAGGAGGAAUUAAAGGCGCGUCUUGAGGAGGAGGAAGAACGGGCACGGCAAAAACUUGAGGAUGAAGAACGGGCACGACAAAAACUUGAAGAAGAAGAACGAGCACGGCAAAAACUUGAAGAAGAAGAACGAGCACGGCAAAAACUUGAGGAGGAAGAACGGGCACGACAAAAACUUGAGGAGGAAGAACGGGCACGGCAAAAAUUUGAAGAAGAAGAACGAGCACGGCAAAAACUUGAAGAAGAAGAAAGAGAGCGACAAUUACUCGAGGAAGAAUCAAUGGCUCAACAAAAAGAAUAUAAUAUAAUCAAUAUACAUGUUGCAGAGUCCGAUGAUCAUAUUCUUGGAUCAGUAGGAACAAAAAGACAGCACUGUCUAGACGACAUUCUCAAUGAUAAUGCCAAUGAAAGUGAGAGAGUUUCUAAGAAAGCUCGCACACAAGAUUAUCAUGAUGAUGAACUCUUAGGAAUUUCUGCGAACAAUUGCGAUGGUAAAAAUCGCUUCAAUGUUAAUGAAAACAUAGAUUAUUUUUCUAGAAGUCAAGGAAUCGAUAGGAAGGACCAUAUAUCACAAGACGAUAAUGAUAAACCAUUAGAACGAGAAAUGGCUGACGAUAAUCAGCAUAAUCGCUCAAUAAACAAUAAUUUUGGUAAGAGUAUAAAUCCCAUUUCAACAUAUAGUAUUAUUGAUAAGGGCGAAGAAAAUUCUUUGGAAAUCAAAAAUGAGGAUUAUAUAACUGAAAUCCAAAGGUCAAGAAUGCCAUUUGAUCCUGUGCGAGAUGCCCAAAAUGUUGAUAUAAACCAAGAUGUGACAUAUUCAUAUAUGACAUCUAAUGCGGUGCCAGAUGAUGAAAAUGCUUACAAUCAGCAAUCAUUAUAUUCUAGACCGGUUGAAACAUUAGAAGUCAAUAAUGAUGCAGAAACUUUGGUAAACGAGGCAAUACAGCCAGAAGAGUGUCACAUUGAACAAAUUGCAGGUUCCCAUCUUAACCUUCUCAUGCAAGCAGUGGGUCUUUUAGAAGCAGGGGUAUCAUCGUUACCUGAAGAUUUGUAG